AUGCUCAAGAUACUCGCCCCGGAAAAGGCCACCUGGGAAUACGUCCAAUCCAGGGAAGCCCUCCUCCCCAAACUCUACGGCUCCGACGCCGUCGAGAUCCCCGGCGCCCGCUCCCUCCUCGAUUCCCUCAUCGCCCUCUCUGCCCCCUGGACAAUCGUCACGUCUGGCUCCCUUCCCCUCGUAAGCGGGUGGCUCAAGGUCCUUGACCUGCCUGUCCCGGAACACCUCGUCACGGCGGAGUCUGUGCAAAACGGCAAGCCAGAUCCGGCCUGCUAUCGUUUGGGGAGGGAGAAGCUAGGCGAGUCGGCGGGUGAGGGGAAGGAGGUUUUGGUGUUUGAGGAUGCUCCUGCUGGGAUCGAGGCUGGGAAGGCGGCUGGGUGCAGGGUUGUUGGGUUGGUGACUUCUCACAGUGUGGAGGAGGUUUUGUCUGCUGGGCCGGAUUGGGUGGUGAAGGAUCUGACGGAGGUUAGGAUUGUGAGGAGGGAGGAGGAUGGGAGGGUUGUGCUGGAGAUUGGGGGGUUGUUGGUGAGGAAUUAG